GACCUUGCCUUGUCAAGGUGUAGCCACCAGCCAGAAGAUCACAUCUUCUUCUUUAGUGAUAUAUACUCAGAACUCUACCUUUCUUUAAUUUAUUCCUUUCUUCUUUGCCAAAUCAGUGUUAUUAUAGAUAGAUAUAUAGAUUCACUCAUUCAUUCCUGCGUACCAUCCUUAUUCUCUUUUUCCUGAAUGCGUACGGGUCAGAGAGAAAGAAAGAGAACUGCAUAUAUUCAGAGAUAAAAGAGAAAAUGGCGGAUUGGGGUCCGGUGUUGAUCGCAGUGUUGCUGUUCGUGCUGUUAAGCCCAGGACUGUUGUUCCAGCUACCCGGGAAGAGCAGAGUAGUGGAGUUUGGGAACAUGAAGACAAGUGGGUUUUCCAUCCUUGUUCACACCAUCAUCUUCUUUGGCCUCAUAACAAUCUUUCUCAUCGCCAUUGGUGUCCACGUCUACACAUGAGGAUGACCUGCAAUUCAAUAAUGAAUUAAUGAUCAAUACGUACCCUGCUCUCCUUUUACAUUUAUUUGUGCUCCCCAUUCCUUCCCCCCCCCCCCCCCCCCCCCCUCCUCUUUUUUUCCCAAGUUGAUUUUUGAGUACUUGAGAGCAAUAUUAUGUUGUAAUCUUCCGUUUCUUAAUCUUUUUGCUGCUGUGUCUUAGGUUUUUUUUUUUUUCUUUUUAAUUUUCCUGUUUCUUCUGUUUUGAAUGGUGAUAUAAAGUUAAAUUUUUCUGGGGUGUCUUUUUUCGUUGUGUUUUGUCGGCAGUGAAAGUUAAAUGGAAUUCAUCAUAGUUGUACUGUUUAA